AUGCGAUUGUUAUUAUGCAUGUUGCUGCUUUCGAUAAAGAUGGUCGAAGGCUUCUAUCUACCAGGGGUUGCUCCCACCACUUAUAGCAGAAAUGAUUCUGUUCCACUACUGGUGAACCAUAUCACUCCCUCACUAAAAACUUCCUCCAAAAAAUACGUUUAUUCUUACGAUUAUUAUUUUCCUCGGUUUCACUUCUGCAAACCAGAUGGCGGGCCUCAUAAGCAAUCUGAAUCACUGGGAGCUAUAAUUUUUGGUGACCGUAUCUUCAACUCGCCCUUUGAGAUCAGUAUGUUGGAGAACAAAACUUGCGAGACUCUUUGCUCUCCCACGUAUUCAAAAACAGACGCCUUAUUUGUCAAUAAAAACAUUAGAGCUGGUUUCAAACACAACUGGUUAAUUGAUGGCUUGCCUGUUGCUCAAAAAAUGAAUGACACAAAGACCAACACAGAGUUUUAUGGAUCUGGAUUUGACCUCGGAAGCAUAGAUUCAGACAUGCGUCCAAACUUGUACAAUCAUUAUGAACUGCAUAUUGAAUACCAUCAGCGUGGAGAUAAUGAGUUCAGAAUAGUUGGUGUGACUGUAUUACCGUUUUCAUUAGAUUACGGGGAUAAUACUUCAACCUGCAAUGCCGACCUAAGCAAUUUUUCACCUGUUAGUUUGAACAUUCACCAUGAUACUAAAGUCACGUUCACGUAUUCUGUAUUUUUCAUCCCCUCAGAAACAGCAUGGGCUACUCGCUGGGAUAAGUAUCUUCACGUAUACGAUCCCAAAAUUCAGUGGUUUGCUUUGGUCAACUUUUCAGUGAUUGUUUUGCUACUAUCUAUUAUAAUGUCGCAUAUUCUUGUUAGAAGCUUACGAAAUGAUAUUCGCAAAUACAACGAAGUUGAUCUAGAUGAAGAUGUUAUGGAUGAAACCGGAUGGAAAUUGAUUCAUGGAGAUGUGUUCAGGGCACCUAAGAAAAAACUAAUCUUGUGCGUUUUAGUUGGUUCUGGAGUCCAGAUGCUGUUAAUGGCCUUCACCACUACAUUUUUUGCCUUGCUAGGACUACUAUCUCCUUCAAAUAGGGGCUCUUUAUCCACGGUAAUGAUCAUAUUUUAUGCCACAUUUGGAUCGGUGGGAUCAUUUGUAUCUGCCAAUCUUUAUAAGACCUUCCAAGGUGAAGACUGGAAGAAAAACAUGCUCCUCAAUCCAGUUCUUGUACCUGGCGCCAUAUUUCUGGUCUUUAUUGGUUUAAACUUUGUACUCAUUGCCGUGCACUCCUCGGGCGCCGUUCCCAUUGGAACACUAUUUGCUAUUGUAUUCAUUUGGUUCAUUUUUAGCGUGCCUUUGUCCGUGGCAGGUUCUUUUUUUGGUAGUAAGAAAACUAUUUUCAUUAAUCCAACAAAAGUGAAUCAAAUUCCAAGACAAAUACCUCCGCAACCAUGGUAUUUGAGGACUUACAUGCUUGCACUGCUUGCUGGUGUGUUUCCAUUUGGUGCCAUCUCUAUUGAGAUGUAUUUCAUUUAUUCUUCCUUGUGGUUCAACAGAAUAUAUUACAUGUUUGGAUUCCUAUUCUUCUGCUUUAUACUGAUGCUAGCAACGACUAUCCUAGUGACAGUCUUGCUAAUGUACUACACUUUAUGCAAUGAGAACUACCACUGGCAGUGGAAAUCUUUCUUUGUUGGUGCAGGAAUCUCUGUAUAUGUCUUCGUACAUGCUCUACUUCUAUCUAAGUUUAGAUUAAGUGGGCUGGCGUCUACUUUGUUGUAUGUUGGCUACUCGUUAUUGAUGAGUGCGGCUAUGGGGUUGAUUUGCGGGAGUGUUGCAUUUCUUGCAGUGAUGCUAUUUAUUUUCAAAAUUUAUUCUCAGAUCAAAAUUGACUGA